AAAAAUUACACUUCAAUAGUUAAUUAUUUUGCAAAAAAACUGAAACAUCAGAAUUUAAAUAGUUUUCAUUAUUUUUCUAAAGUUAACAGAUCUGUUUAUUUACAACUAUGUAAUAAUUUACCAUUUGAUAACACAAACAUCUUAAACAUCUUCGAGAGUACUUAAAUAUGUGUUUUUAACUAAGGAUGAUCAAAUUUGUAUAAAAUAUAAAUAUAUUUUUAAGGAAUAUAUUGAAAACCAGAAUCAUAUUAAUACAUAUGUUUAGAGUACGUAAUAGUCAUAAACAGUAGAAAAAAUGCCAGAUAUCAAAAUAACACCUUUAGGAGCUGGACAGGAUGUCGGUAGGAGCUGUAUCCUUGUUUCAAUGGGCGGAAAAAAUAUUAUGUUAGAUUGUGGAAUGCACAUGGGCUUCAACGAUGAAAGAAGAUUUCCAGAUUUUUCAUAUAUUGUCCCUGAGGGACCUGCUACAAAUUAUAUUGAUUGUGUGAUCAUUUCACAUUUUCAUUUGGAUCACUGUGGUGCACUUCCAUAUUUCACUGAAAUGGUAGGAUAUACAGGCCCCAUUUAUAUGACACAUCCAACCAAAGCAAUAGCUCCAAUUUUGUUAGAAGAUAUGAGAAAAGUGGCAGUAGAACGUAAAGGAGAGAGUAAUUUUUUCACAUCACAAAUGAUUAAAGAUUGUAUGAAGAAAGUCAUAGCUGUAACUCUUCAUCAAUCAGUGAUGGUAGAUUCAGAAUUAGAAAUCAAAGCCUAUUAUGCUGGACAUGUAUUAGGUGCAGCUAUGUUUUGGGUACGAGUUGGAUCCCAAUCAAUUGUUUAUACUGGUGAUUACAAUAUGACUCCGGAUCGUCAUCUUGGAGCUGCUUGGAUAGAUAAAUGUAGACCGGAUUUAUUAAUAUCAGAGUCCACUUAUGCAACGACAAUCAGAGAUUCAAAAAGAUGUAGGGAAAGAGAUUUCCUAAAAAAAGUACACGAAUGUAUAGACCAUGGAGGAAAAGUGUUAAUUCCAGUCUUUGCUCUCGGUCGAGCUCAAGAACUUUGUAUUUUACUAGAAACAUACUGGGAGCGAAUGAACCUUAAAGUACCUGUCUAUUUUGCACUUGGUUUAACAGAAAAAGCUAACAAUUAUUAUAAAAUGUUUAUUACUUGGACUAAUCAAAAGAUUAAAAAAACAUUUGUCCAAAGAAAUAUGUUUGAUUUUAAACAUAUAAAACCAUUUGACAAAGCCUAUAUUGAUAACCCUGGUGCGAUGGUUGUUUUUGCUACUCCAGGAAUGUUACAUGCAGGAUUGUCUCUUCAAAUAUUCAAAAAAUGGGCACCAAAUGAAUUAAAUAUGGUCAUAAUGCCAGGAUUUUGCGUUCAAGGAACUGUGGGUCAUAAAGUGUUAAGUGGAGCUAAAAGAAUAGAAUUUGAAAAUCGUCAUAUUGUAGAAGUAAAAAUGGCAGUUGAAUACAUGUCUUUUUCUGCUCAUGCUGAUGCCAAAGGUAUUAUGCAGCUUAUUCAAUAUUGUGAACCUAAAAAUGUUAUGCUUGUGCAUGGAGAAUUUGCAAAAAUGGAAUAUUUGAAAGAAAAAAUUAAACAAGAGUUCGGCAUCAAUUGUUACAAUCCUGCCAAUGGAGAAACUUGUGUAAUAACGACAACGUCAAAAGUACCUGUUGAUGCAUCUUUAGAACUUUUGAAAGCUGAAGCAAAACGAUAUUCAGCUUUACCUCCUGAUCCGAAACGAAGACGUUUACUUCAUAGUGUGUUGAUGUUGAGAGAAGAUAGUGUCAGUCUAGUUGAUGCUGAAGAGGUUGGAAAAGCUGCAGGAAUACCAAGACACGUCGUCAGGUUUACAUCAACGGCACAAAUUCAAGAUCCGGGGCCAGCACAUUCUACAACAAUAAAGUUAUAUCAACCGUUAAAAGAACGAUUAACAGGUUGGACUGUACAAUUAAAUGACGGAGCCAUAUCUGUUGAAUCUGUUCUAGUGAAAGUCGAAGGCGGUGAAGAUGAUCAAAAAAAUGUUUAUGUCUCUUGGACAAAUGAGGAUGAAGAUUUGGGGAGUUAUAUUUUAGGUUUCUUACAAUCAAUGUUAAGUUAAAAUGUUGAAUAGACACUUGUAAAUAUCACUUAAAAAGAACUUGAAUGAUAAUUAAUGAGAGUGAAUUAAAAUCUGUGAUACAUCAUCUUUGUAUCGUAAUUUUAAUUAUAUGUUUAAUAUACUUUUUGUAAAAUAAACCAUUAUUCUAUAAUUUUUCACAAUAUUAAUAAAAAUUUCUUAUAAAAUUAUUAAGUGGGUGAUAGAAAAA